CUCCAGAGUUGCAGAUUUAUAUUUUAUACAAACCGGUACUUCGGACUUCUAUUUCACCGAGCACUGGAAAGGUCCAGCAGCGAUCGAAGGUCAAGGAAUUGAGUUGCCAUUCCCAAAGGAGCAGUUAACAGAGAAUGGUUUUGGCUGAUGGAACUCGGAAAAUGGUGUCGAAUGUGACGGUCCUCAAUCGAGGUUCAUUUCUGUCAUUCGUCGUGCUGUGCUUCUUCUUUGGUCGGUCGACAGCAUGGGAACAGCGAAUUCCUACACGUCAAUCAGUCGUCUCCGAAGGAAGAAGAAGCUUUGUUCUCUUCAGCAGUGACACAGCUGGUGGUCAGGAUCCAGUACUUCGGUUGCCAAUCAUGGAAGCUGAACUGGCCAUCCUUGGAUCCGACGAAGAUCCCACCGAUUUGAAAACGGCCAUUGGUGAUGCCAAGACGGCUGCAGAAUUUGGAGUUCGUAGAUCGCAACUAGAGUUUUAUGAUGCCUUUUCCAAUGGUGACUUGGAAGCAAUGGAAACGGUUUGGAGCACGGAAUCGGACGUGCGGUGUGUGCAUCCAGGCCUACCGAGCAUUGAAGGGAGGGAAGCAGUUAUGGCAUCCUGGAAGCAGAUAUUUUCUGGUGGAAAGGGAAAGUUUUCCAUUGAGCCAGCGAGAGUUCAAAUUGAGAUAUGUGGCUUGACAGCCAUUUGUACUUGUGUAGAAAAGGCAGAGGGUGGUGGUCAGCUGGAGGCGCUGAAUAUCUACAAGCGUGAGGGUGGCAGCUGGCGCAUGACACUUCACAUGGCAGGCCCGGUUGUAGUGCAGCGUGGUGGGGAGGCAUUCUUCUAGUAUUAUUUUACUGGAAGCGGACGUCAAAAACUGCUACCGUACCAAUCAACAUUCUUCCAAUCGGCUUCAUCAAAGAGUUCUAGUUUGCAUCAAGAACUGUUAGCAAGAUCUCGCCUCAUCAGUUGCCUCAAUCGGUACCAGUAAUAUUAGUCUACUAAACAGUACGCUGUACCGU